AUGGAUAUAAAGAGAAAUCAAUGUUCGAAGUGUGACGGAGAUGUACUAGUCGAUACUGGACGCUAUCCCAAGUGUUCCUCAAAAGGUCCCAAAAUCCUCAAAAUGUUGAAUACUCCCGGAAGUAAAACUAAGCAAGAACCGACCGAGGUUUCCGUGAAAUCAGUGGAAACCAACUAUGUAACGCAAAUCGUGUCCAGUGGUAUUCGGCCAGACAGCGUCUACGAGACGAAAAUACUAUUGGGACCAGAGGUAGAUCUGUCUUCUAUUAAAAUAACCGUAAAAGGGAACAAUCUCCGUAUAAACAUGAUCAAGCCUUUGGAAGAGCAAUUAACAAAACAGUUACCAGAUAUCAGCGAAAGAUCAAUUUUUGGCAACUUAAUCAAGAGAAUGAUGAAGCAUUGUGAGAAUUUACUAAUACCGGAAGGUAUCGACAACGCGAAAGUUCGAGCCGUUGUGGACAACGUAAACGGGAUGCUCAUUCUCACGGCUCCUCCCGCGAUAAAACCGAGCAAAUAG